UUCUGGAAAUAACGCAAACAUAACGGUUUCUGUGCAAAAUACGACCUGAAUUAAACGCCAAAAUUAGCAAAAACAAAAAGAGGAUUAUAAACAUUUAAUACUUUCUCUAGCAAAUCAUGUCGGCAAAUACCUAAAGGACCUCAACUAAAUUUCCUGAUUACGCGCAUUUCGAAUCGUCAUGUGUUAUAUAAUAUGUUACAGUGGCUAUGGAAUUUGUUUAACGGCGACCCUAAUUCAUUGCCAUUAGGACUGGGUCCAAAGGUGAAAAUGUCGCUGAAAUAUUACUAUGAUUUAAUGUCGCAGCCAUCGCGUGCGCUUCAUAUCAUUCUCAAGAUGAGCAAUGUGCAAUUUGAAGAUUGUCCAGUUGCGCUGCGUAAAGGAGAGCACAUGACUGAAGAAUUCAAGCAAAAUGUCAAUCGAUUCCAGCGUGUACCCUGUAUCAUUGAUGAUGGUCUGAAGCUGGCCGAAAGUAUAGCCAUACUUAGAUAUCUCAGCGCAAAGGGUAAAAUUCCUGAAUAUCUUUACCCUAAAUAUUUCCUAGAGCAAGCGCGUGUCGAUGAGUUUCUUGAAUGGCAACACAUUACGCUGCGCAUCACCUGCUCAAUUUACUUCCGCAGCAUUUGGCUGGAUCCACUGCUUACCGGCGUGAGACCGAGCAAUGAGAAAAUUGAAAAACUUAAAAAUCUAAUGGAAGCCAAUUUGGAUAUUAUCGAAAAUAUUUGGUUGCAGAAAACAGACUUUCUAACGGGGCAACGACUAACGGUGGCCGAUAUCUUCGCGGCGUGUGAAAUUGAACAAACGAGACUCGCUGAUUAUGAUGUGCGUAUCAAGUAUCCAAAAAUCAAAGCCUGGUUAAAACGAGUGCGCGCCGGCUGCAAUCCGCACUAUGAUAAUGCGCAUACAUAUAUUUAUAAAAUCAGCGGCACUGCCCCUAAUGCAAAGCUAUAGGUUUAAUUUUUUUAAUUUUUACUUUUUUGUUAUCGUUUUCGUAAUCAAAUAUAAAAGUGAAAAUUAAUUUAUUAAACAAUUAUGCACAACUAUUUUGCAGAUUAAAGCAAAUUCAAACAUUUAAAAAUAAUUUAAAAUAAUUAAAUUGAAAU